GCUCGCGGUAAUCUAGUGGUUAUUUUAAAGUUUCCGUAUGACUUCAAUACAAAUUCUUCAGGCACGGCAACAAAAGGGAAAUCAUCUCGUCUUCUGUAAUUGAAACACAAAGCUGAAAAAUCCAAGUGACACGGUCUAAAAGAUGAGGCGACAUUUAGCUUCUUAUUCUUCAGUUUUGUUUUCUACCUUCAGAUCGUAUGUGGUUCCUAAUCAGGCGGCUUAUACAUUGAAAUUUGUGGAGCUCUUUGCCACUGAAAUUGAAACUCCGGCAAAGGGGGGAUUUUCCUCCAGAGAGAGAGUUCCAUUUAUAUCUUUUGUCCUAGGUGGCCCUGGUAGUGGUAAAGGUACGCAAUGUGCAAAGAUUGCACAUACAUUUGGUUUCACACACCUUAGUGCCGGUGAUUUGUUAAGGACAGAAAUAUCUUCCAACAGUGAAAAAGGUGCAGCGAUCCUCGAAACUAUCAAGCAAGGAAAGAUUGUUCCAUCAGAAGUGACUGUCAAUCUGAUCCGGAGGGCUAUUGAAUCAAGUAAAAACCAUAAAUUUCUCAUAGAUGGCUUUCCAAGAAGUGAAGAGAACCGUAUUGCCUUUGAAAAAAUUAUGGGAGCAGAACCAAAUUUUGUGCUUUACUUUGACUGUCCUGAAGAUGAAAUGGUGAAGCGGGUUCUCUGCCGUAAUGAGGGGAGAGUUGAUGAUAAUAUUGAUACUCUUAAGAAGCGACUUAAAAUAUACGAGUCAUUGAACUUACCUGUCAUCAAUUACUACUUGGCAAAGGGAAAAGUUCACAAGAUCAAUGCUGUAGGACCAGAAGAGGAAAUAUUUAAACAAGUUUGUCCCAUUAUCUCUUCAUACGAGGGAGCGUGCAAAUGAACAUGACUAUUGUAAUGGGUUUUGGGAGACUGUUCUUUUGUGAUCAAAUUAUAGGAAGAUAUAAAUAUCCAAAAGUAAACAAAGAAGAGUACCAAGGGGAAUGUCCUAGCUUUUAAAUGGAACUUCCCAAACUUGAAGUGUCAAAUGCUGUAUCCUGUCAUUUUGUUCUUGGGAGGUCAUUUUGUACAAAUUAAUAUGGAAGAUCAAACAAUAAUUGCCUACGAGUUACUACUGUCCAUCCUUUAUUUACUACUAUUUUGUUUCUCUCCAAGUUGUAAGAAUUUUGGUGUUGCAAUGAGGGAAUUGAGUAAUCUUAUGUUGUUUCAUUGUUCA